AUGGUAUGCAUGUGGGUCAAAGAAACGUUUAAAAAUUGGAAGACCAUUGUCUGCAGCUUUGAUGAAAAGAUUUUCGGACAUCCGUUCAAAACUUUUGUUACUAAGAACGAUGUUUAUAACUUUACCACCAUGAAGGAAGUAUCGGGUAGCUGCGUAUCCAUCUAUAUGAGCUACCUGCAUGGUGUGUUGAAAAAAUCAAAGAUGGUUGAUAUGGACGGAUUUGUUAGCCCCACAGAUAUUGGUGCCAUUGGCUGUGGCAAUCCAAUCGAACGUUCCCAUGCAAUAGCUGAUAGGAUGAGAAAAGGAAAGCGUGGCCAGAUUUUCUUCUUGCCAUAUAACUCAAGUUGUCAUUGGAUGCUGACUGUGAUAAAUGUUGAAGAAGACACUGUCUACUUCAUGGAUCCAUUAAAGAGAAGAUUGAUUACCGGAGAGUGGAAGAACAUUGUGGACAACGGCAUCAAAAUAUAUAAUGCUCAUGUCAAAAGGCAAGGUCGAAAAACAACUACCUGGAAAAACUGUGGGUAUUCCGGAGUAACAUACUGAUAAAGACUGUGGCUAUUUCAUAAUGAGAUAUAUGAAGGACAGAGCAGAGGAUAAGAACAUAGAUUUUUUCAGCAAGUUAACUAAAACUGUGUGUUUAAU